AUGCUCAGAACGUUGAACAUUAGUUAUAACAAUCUACAGGGUAACAUUCCUAGGAAGAUCUUCCACACUGGCUCCACACUGACCAUAUGUGCAUUAUCCUACAAUAAUUUACAAGGAACAAUACCUACAGAGUUCAGUAAUCUUAGGCAGCUAGUUGAGCUGCAUCUUUCAUCCAACAAACUUUCUGGGGAAAUUCCUGGUGCUUUAGGUGAGUGUCAAGAGCUGCAGAUCAUCCGAAUGGACCAGAAUAUUCUCACAGGUGAUAUUCCGGAGUCUUUGAGCAAUCUGAAGAGCUUGGUGGUGCUCAACUUUUCACAUAACAGUUUGUCCGGAUCCAUUCCAACAUCACUAAGUGACCUGAAAUAUCUGAACCAGCUAGACGUCUCUUACAACCAUAUACAUGGAGAAAUACCAAGGAAUGGAAUAUUUGAAAAUGAAACGGCUGUUUCUCUCAAUGGGAAUUGGGGACUUUGCGGUGGAGCAGUAAAUCUUCAUAUGCCCACUUGUUCUACUAUCUCCCAGAGAAAAGAAACACUGUACUACUUGGUCAGAGUAUUUAUCCCUUUGGUUGGCUUCGCCUCACUCAUAUUGUUAAUUUACUUUGUACUCCUGGAGGGCAAGACGCCAAGAAGAACAUACUUACUGUUGCUGUCUUUUGGCAAGCAUUUUCCUAGAGUUACCUACGGGGAUCUAGCUCAAGCUACACAGAGCUUUUCUGAGUCAAACCUGGUUGGAAGAGGAAGCUAUGGUUCAGUAUAUAGAGGAAAGCUAACUCAAGCAAAAAUACAAGUGGCUAUUAAAGUUUUUGACCUCGAUGUGAGAUACGCAGACGAUAGAUGA